AUGCAUUCACCGAUUGCGAACAACUUCGACUGGAAGGAACAGUGCAUGAUGACGGAGCUGCACCGCAAGAAGGUGACCACUCCCAUUGACCUCAACAAAGCCCCGGAAAGCUAUGCUCCCUACACCUUCAACCUGUCGGAUAAGUACAAAAUUAUGGCCCAGGACGAGCUGCGCGAGGACGAGGAGAUGCGUGAGAACGCUUUGAAGCAGUUCCGCGAGUGGAUUGCCAAACAUCCGCUAAUCCGUCGGUGCCGCACGGAUGCGCCAUUUCUGUUGCGUUUUCUGCGCACGAAAAAGUUCUCGAUCCCUGCCGCGACGGAGAUGUUCGAGAAGUAUCUCACCAUUCGGCAGGUGUACCCGCACUGGUUCUUCAAGCUGGACAUCAACGAUCCGGAUCUGGAGGCGAUCAUCGACAGUGGCUACCUGUUUCCGCUGCCCGAGCGCGACGAGCAGGGCCGCAAGAUCAUCUUCUCCAACGCCGGGAAGUUCGACACGAGCCGGUUCACGUCGGCGCAGCUCAUCAAGAUACACUCGAUGGUGCUGGAGGCGUUGCAGGACGAGGAGGAGUCGCAGAUCUCGGGCUACGUGCACGUGACCGACGACUCGGAGCUGAACAUCGGGUUCCUCGGCAUCUGGUCGUUCACCGACAUUCGCAAUCUGGCCCAUUGCGUGCAGAACUCGCUGCCGAUGCGCCAGAAGGAGAACCACUUCGUCAAUCUGCCCUCGUUCGCGAACAAGCUGUCCGAGUUUAUUCUCUCCGUGCUGAGCGAGAAGCUGCGGAAUCGCGUGUUUGUACACAAGGGUUGGGAAGAGCUGAAGGUCAAGAUUAACCCGAAGCUGCUCCCAAAGGAGUAUGGUGGUACCGUGCCGAUGGCGGAAUGCAUCGCGCAGUUCAAGAAGCAGCUGAAAGAACGCCGUGACGUAGUCCUGGCGCUGGACGAGAUGGAGAUCGAGAUCAACAAGAGUACCAUCCCGUGGGCGGACAGCACGGACGCGGACAUUGCGAGCGGUGUUAUCGGAAGCUUCCGGAAGCUGGAAGUUGAUUAA